AUGUCACCCUAUGGAAAUGGAAACCUUUCAGCGAUCCCUUUGCAGGAGUUUGUACUGGAUGGAUUUCAGACCCAGGCCCUGCUCUCUGCUCUGUUCCUGGCCCUGUACGUGGUGGCCGUCCUGGGGAACCUCGCCAUGAUGGUGGUCAUCACCCUGGAUGCCCGUCUGCACUCCCCGAUGUACUUCUUCCUCAAGAACCUCUCUUUUGUGGACCUGUGCUACUCGUCUGUCAUCUACCCCAAAGCCCUGACCAACUUCUUUACCUCCUCCAAGGUCAUCACCUUUGCAGGCUGUGCCACUCAGUUCUUCUUCUUCUCCAUGGUGGGCACCACUGAGGCAUUCCUCUUGGCCGUGAUGGCCUAUGACCGCUUCGUGGCCAUCUGCAGCCCCCUGCACUACCCCAUCUCCAUGCACCCCUCAGUGUGUGCCCGCCUGGCGUUGGGCACUUACUGUGGGGGCUGCCUCAACUCCAUCCUGCAGACCAGCUUCACAUUCAGCCUCCCGUUCUGCAGCUCCAACCACAUUGACCACUUCUUCUGCGAUGUGCCUCCAUUACUCAAGCUUGCCUGUGCUGACACUACCAUCAAUGAGCUGGUCAUGUUUGGCCUUUGUGGGCUCAUAAUUGUGGGCACCAUACUUGUGGUCCUCACCUCCUAUGGCUACAUCACAGUGACCAUCCUGAAGAUGCGCUCAGGUGGAGGGAGGCACAAGCUCUUCUCCACCUGCGGCUCCCACAUGACAGCCGUGUCCAUCUAUUAUGGGACAGUUUUUGUCAUGUAUGCCCAGCCGGGAGCUGUGGCAUCCAUGGAGCAGGGCAAGGUGGUCUCUGUCUUCUACACCCUGGUCAUCCCGAUGCUCAACCCCCUCAUCUACAGUCUGAGAAACGAGGAGGUGAAGGAUGCCCUGCGGAGACUGGGCCAGAAGCACACAAUAUUAAGAAGAGGUGGAGGCCAGAGGUGGACAAGGGGGGGCCCUCAGCACCACGUCAUUAUCAUCAGCACAGACCUGGUGAGGAGUCCUGUCCUCCCCAGGAGCACAGUGUCCUGGAUGAGCCAUGCCCCUCCUGACAUCACAGGAGCAGUGUGGUCAUCCCUCAGCAGGGCCCAGUCAGCAUCACUGACAGUGCACCUGAGCUCGCUCCUUGCAAAGGCAGCCAGCUCCGCCAUGCUGCGGACCUGCCCUGCUGCAUCUUCAACCAUUCCUCUGGCCAGCAAACAGCAGGUCCCCAUGUCCCAUGAUGGUGUGGUGGUCAGCCCCAUCCAGUGUGAACAAGGGAGGUCUGGGCUGUGGCAGGGACAGGAAGCAGCACCCAGCAGGAGGACCCAGACCCUGAGCAGACGUGACCGUGUUGGAGGCUCCCACUGCCUCAAGCAAUGA